GGGGGUCGGGGCUCACCGGCGUGUUUUUACGCCUUGCAAAGAGUCACUAGGCUUGAAAUGAUUUAUCUAAAGUGCUUUGCAUCGGCUGCGAGAAGAUGUUUCACACAAAGCCCCGUUUGUGGUUUAAUCUCGACCACAGCGCGGUUUGCAAAGUGCGGUAGCGCCUCGCUUGCCAAUAGUAGCCCUGGCGUAAAUGCAUGCCGCCGGACGUCUUCGUUAUCAAACCGCGGCGCUGUUUUGCACGCCAGCUGUGCGAUUAGCGGCGGGGGUUCGUGCUUCUGCAGGACUCGCUUUCGCUCGGUCUCCACCGCCGUGUCGAAGGACGUCGUGCUGUUCGAGCACGACAGGGGGGCGUUUUUCCGGUUGCUGGGGUUUUUCUGCGCCGGGCAGUUUCUGUUCUGGGUCUCGCUGGCGCAUUUCGCCUUCACCGGUCUGAAGGAGACGGUGAUCACGCACGACGCCGCCGCCGCCGCCGGGAAGGGUCUGCCCAAACUCGGGGGCGUGUCGCUCAAUCUGGGGUCGAGCAAGUGGAGAUACGGCUUCACCGUGUCGUGCCUGACCGUGGGCUCUCUGGUCCUGGUUGCUGGCUCUGUCUUCGCACGCCGGUCAGUCAGCAGGGUCCUCUUGCACCGCGGCGGACAGGAGGUCACCUUCACCACCUACUACCCCUUCGGGGGCACGUCCAGCUUCAGCGCCCCCCUGCGCCACGUGUCCUGCGUGGCCCACCGUGCCGAGGCGCCCUCCAUGAUCCCCGUCCGGGUCAAGGGUCACGCCUUCUACUUCCUGCUCGACAAGCAAGGCCGGUUCCACAACGCCAGGCUCUUUGACGUCACUGUGGGGGCCUACAGGAAGCUCUGAGGAGCCGAACGCACGUGCCAUUCGUUUAUACUGAAGCCAGGGUUGGGUCCCCAAUGCUUUCUGAACUGUGUGGAUGAUUUCCUGUACAGGGAGUGAGAAACUCACACUAGCCCUGCUGCUGCUGCACCCAGUCCUGGGGUUCAGAGCUCCCCUCAAUGAAGUCUAGUAUU